GUCAGUUACCACUGGAGGUGGUUGAGGUGCCCCAGACAACCUCUAGGUUAGCUCCAUUACGCCUUGGGUCUCUCUGCGACGCCGCAGGUUACUAAGGCACUAAACACCUCAGGCAGAAAGGCGGUGGCCAAGUCGGAGAAGAUCUUAAAAACUCGGCCCAAUUCGGCACUAGUGGCUUUCGGCUCGAGCCCUAACGCACACACUCUCCCUUCGCACUUUCCCGCCUAGGCCGCGAGUAGUCUCAUCAACUCCAACAACCACCCGCCGUCGACAACCACCACCACCCCCUCCCUUCAUUCUUUUCAGUCUCCUUCGUCCCAGCAGCCAAUAUGUCGGAGACGAAGCAGUUUGGAAAGGGCCAGAGGACCGUGCCGGCUCAGAAGGCCCAGAAAUGGUACCCCGUUGAUGACGAGUCGCAGCCCAAGAAAGUCCGCAAGGCUGUUCGUCCCACCAAGCUCCGGGAGAGCCUCCAGCCCGGUACUAUCCUGAUCCUCCUCGCCGGUCGCUUCCGUGGCAAGCGUGUUGUUCUCCUCAAGCACCUUGAGCAGGGUGUCCUCCUCGUCACCGGCCCCUUCAAGAUCAACGGUGUUCCCCUUCGCCGUGUCAACGCCCGCUAUGUGAUUGCCACCAGCACCCGCAUCGACAUCAGCGGCGUCGACGCUCAGACCGUCGAGAAGGUCUCCACUCCCGACUACUUCACCAAGGAGAAGAAGGCCGAGAAGAAGACCGAGGAAGCUUUCUUCAAGCAGGGAGAGAAGCCCGAGAAGAAGAAGGUUGCCAGCGCCCGCGCCAGCGACCAGAAGGCCAUUGACCAGUCCAUCCUGGCCUCCGUCAAGAAGGAGAACUUCCUUGGCAGCUACCUCGCCAGCACUUUCAGCCUCCGGAACGGUGACAAGCCCCACGAGAUGAAGUGGUAAACGUGCGACGCGGCGGCCGCGGGUUCGGUAGUUAUUGUGGAGGAAUUCAUGUGAGGGGCGGCUUGAAUGCGGAUUGGCAUUCCCAAUGUGGGAAGCGCUUGCAGCGCAGGAGGAACAGCUCAUGAAAUAUGUAACUCGAGUCGGGCUCCGUCUUUGCUCAUUAGGAUUACGGUCAAUUCGGAAAACCGGUUGUUAUUUCUGUUUCACGAUCAGUCCCUCCUGCGUCGCCAAUUUGCAGGACCUAUAAAUGAGCCGAAAUGAAAAGAAAAAAAAAGAAUAAUACCUUUUCCAGCUGUUAUAUGAUCCCCCUUUAACGUGCGGCUGGGAGUUUGUCAUGUCUAGUAUGAUACGUCAUCGAUUUCCAGGUUCGGGUGACAAUCUAAAAUUGGGAAUUCAAGUUUCUGUUAAGAUUCACUUUACCAGCAUUCCAGAUGCCGCUCCUAUCUGUAGGGAUUUAC